AUGUGGCGGAAAGCAGUCGGAAGCUACUUUGGCGGUAAGGACGAGAGCAAGGAAGACGAGGACGCAGGUACCGAUGCAGAUAAACCAAAUAAUGAAGGAGCAAACGGAAACCCAAGGGAAGACGAAAAGGAAGUCAAGGAGGAACUGAAUGAGGAGGAGGUUCCGAAAGCAAGUACAACUCGAAGGGGAAGGCCUUCCACAAAGAAAGGGACCAAGAGUCAGGCUACCAAGGGUGAAAAAGGUUCAUCGGAAAAUAAGGAGGCGCCUAACAAAAAGAGUACAGAUGGCAACGAUGAUAUCGGUGGCACUGGUAAUGUUGGUGAAAGUGAAGUAAACCAGGGCGAUACCAACGAUGGCAGUGCCCCAAAGGAAACGAGCCUUGACGCAGAGCAGAACACCGAUAAACCCAUAAGUGUGAAAAAGGGGAAAAAAAAUAAAAAGGAGGAGGAGGAGGAGCCAUCAUCGGAACAAUCAAAACAACUGCCACAAGAAUCGACUCAUGAGGGUGGAGAAGACGCAGACGAGGCACAUAAGAAAAGACGCAGCUUGUCGCGCGAAAAAAAAAGCGAGCUUACUGAGAAGGAAAGCUUAACUGGAAACAACCCAUCAGACGAAAAAAAGGUAAAAGAGAAAAGUCGAGAAAGGGCAAACAGUGACCUACAGGAAAAGAUGAAAAUAAUUAAGGAGAAGCUCAAAUCGAGCGAACGCAGUCAGGGGGCAAGUAUAGAAAAGGACCAGAACAAAGAGGAGGGACAAAGCAAAAGAAAGCACAAGGAUGUGCCAUCAAGCAGCGAAGAAGGCCACUCUUCUAAAAGGAAAAGGCGAAGCGGAGAAAGGGGCGUGGAAGAGAAAGGCGAAAAUGUAAGUAGGCACCGACAUAGGAGCAGAGAAAGAGAGAGAAGCGAAGAGGGAGAUAGAGACAGAGAAGGGGAGAGAAGCUUAGAAAGAAUUCGAAGCAAGGAUCUGGUCAGGAGCAGAGGCAGGCAUCGAAGCAGAAGCAGACACAGGAGCCGAAGCAGGGGAAGACAUCGCAGUAGAAGCAGAAGCAGAGGAAGGCAUAGAAGUAGACACAGAAGCAGACACAGAAGAGAUAGGAGCAAGAGGUUAAGUGACAGUGAUAGCGACAGCAGCAGUGAUGAUAGGCAUCAUCGACACCACCACAGGUCGAGAAGAAGAAGAAAAAGAAGUUCCAGAAAUAGUAGUGAUAGAGAACAUUCUAGUGGAAGCACAGGAAAUAGAAAAGGAUAUGACAGGAAAGACAGAUCCUCUUCUAGCGAAAGAAGAAGUAAAGAAACAAAAAAAAAAAAAAAGACAAAAUGGGAUACUGUAGAUGAAAAUUUAUUAAAAAACCAUUUGCUAGAUAACAGUGCCAAUGGAUUACUGCAACAGCAGAAUUUAGCACUAGCUAAUGGUUUAGGAGCAAAUAACAAAGUAACCCCAAUAGUUAGAAAUCCCUAUGAAGUAGAAGGAGAUAAAAAGCAAAGGAAAUUAUACAUUGGUAACAUUCCGCCUAAUUCAAAACAAGAAGAGUUAAUAGAUUUUUUCAACAACACCUUAGGAUCAAUUAUAAAAGAUUCGAGUUUGGAAAUAAAAAUAGGAGACAUUGUAUUGAUGCCAAUAUUGAAGUGUGAAAUAUUUAACGUUGAAUCUAGGUUUUGUUUUCUAGAAUUUAGAAGCCUUGAAAUUACAUGGCUUUGUCUAAGGCUAGAUGCCAUUACGUUUAAUAAUUAUGCUUUACGCAUAGCUAGACCACAUGAUUUCGUUCCCCCCCCAGGAGGGGAUCCAGCACUAACUGUUGUAUUUACAGAUAUUCAGCACGAAGUAUUCGAAAUGGUGAAGCCCAUAAAAAUCGCUCCAGUAAGAAGCACAGGAGAUGAUGACAACAAAUUAUAUAUACAAAAUUUGCCCCACGAUUUGGGAGAUGUUCAGAUAAGAGACCUGCUACAGCAGUUUGGGAAACUAAAAGGAUUUAACGUUAUAAAAGAUCAAAGUACUGGAUUGAAUAAAGGCUAUGGCUUCUUUGAAUAUGAAGAUAGUAACUGCACACCUAUUGCCAUGCAUGCUUUGAAUGGCUUUGUGUGCGGGCAGAAUAUACUUAGCGUAAAAAAAGCUACAUUCGGAAAAAGCCAAAAUAGUACGCAAAAUGCAAACACCAUAAGUUUAGGAAGUGGUAGUGUCGAUUUGCCAGUGUCACUUUUGCCAAAUUCCAUUUCACAGAAAAUUCUGAGCAAUUCCAUCAUAGGAUUGCAAAUUCAGGCCUCCAGAAAAAUUGGUGAAAAAUCCUCUCGAGUGGUUCAACUCACCAAUGCUGUUUUUCAGGAGGAUUUAAUUAUCGAUAGUCAGUAUGAGGAAAUAUUAAGGGAUAUUAAAGAAGAAGCUGAAAAAUAUGGACCACUUCAAAAUAUUGUAAUUCCCAAACCAAAUAAGGAUUUGUCCUACACGGAAGGUGUCGGCAAAAUUUUCCUUCAUUACGCCGAUGAAACUACGGCCAGGAAGGCCCAGUAUAUGUUUAAUGGGAGGCUGUUCGAGAAGAGAGUAGUAUGCGCUGCGUUCUACUCUGAGGAGAAGUUCCUCGCAGGGAAAUAUGUCCUCUCAUAG